AUGACGCGCUCCUCAGCAGCGCUGAUCGUCGCCCUUGCGGCUUGCUGGAACGCACAGGGCUCUGCAGGACUACGUGACGACCCUGCAAUUCUGCGACGGGCCUGUCCGGACUAUCUCACAUACUCCACAGCACCACACCCCCCAUACAGCGGAGGUCCUUUGAACCUACCCUUCCAACGACCAGCACAAGAAUGUCGCACCUUCAGCUCCCCAGCAGUAGAACAGGUCAUUGAAGAUAUCACAUCGCGUAUAGAGGACAAAGAUCUUGCCCAAUUAUUCAAGAACGCCUUCCCCAACACCCUAGACACAACCAUCAGAUGGCACACAGACGGCACCUCCGCGCAACCCUCACGAAGGGCCAAAAGAGCCGGUUCGCAAUGGAACGGCCCCCAGACCUUCGUGGUAACAGGCGACAUCAACGCAGAAUGGUUGCGCGACUCCACAAACCAAUUGUCCGGCUACCAGGCUCUAGCCAUGAAAGAUAAGAACCUGCACAACCUCAUCCUAGGAGCCAUCAACACGCAGGCUGAAUUCGUCAUCCAAUCCCCAUACUGCAACGCCUUCCAGCCGCCUCCACCCAGCGGUAUCCAAGCCACGGACAACGGCCAAGACGACAAGGUCCACCCGGCAUACGAACCGUCCGUCGUAUUCGAAUGCAAGUACGAGCUCGACUCCCUAGCCAACUUCCUCGCCCUGGGGACCGAAUUCUACGAAAACACAGGUUCAACCGAGUUUCUCACAGACAGGUGGUAUCUCGCCCUGGACACCCUCCUGAAAGUCCUAGACGCGCAAUCACAGCCAACCUUCAACAAUGACCAAUUCGUCACAAACCAGUACACAUUCCAGCGCACCACCACCCUAGGCACAGAAACCCUCAACCUAGCCGGCGUCGGCAACCCCCUGAACCACGGAACUGGGCUCAUCCGCAGCGCAUUCCGGCCUAGCGACGACGCAACCAUCCUCGGCUUCUUCAUCCCGCCUAACGCCAUGAUGGCUGUCCAGCUGAAGAAGACGGCAGAGGUGCUCCGCAAAGCAGGCGGCAAAGCCGACCUGGCGCAACAGCUCCAAGAUCGAGGUGAGAAUCUUGACAAGGCUGUCCGCGAACACGGCAUUGUCAAUCACCCCACGUUUGGUGACGUCUUUGCGUUCGAAGUCGACGGUUACGGAUCCCGGAUUCUUAUGGAUGACGCUAAUGUUCCUUCUCUCCUUUCGCUCCCCGUCUUGGGCUACGUCGACAAGGAUGACAAGGUCUAUCAGAAUACCAGGAAGAUGGUCCUCAGUCAGGACGGUAACCCGUAUUAUCUGACUGGAUCUGCUUUCCAUGGUAUUGGUGGUCCUCAUAUCGGCCUUCAAAACGCCUGGCCUAUGUCCCUUCUCAUCCAGGCCCAAACCUCCGACUCGGAUGCCGAGAUUAUCGAGUGUAUCAAUCUUGUCCGGAACUCGAGUCUCCUGGGUCUCGUGCACGAGUCUAUCAAUGUUAAUAAUAUUGAAAAGUAUACCAGGCCGUGGUUUGCAUGGGCGAACUCGGUCUUUGCUCAGACUAUUUUGAAGGUUGCAAAGGAAAGGCCGCAUUUGAUCUUUGGGGAGGGGGCGAAGCCGUAUGUCAUUGAGUGA